AUGACGUCGGUGUCGACACCGUCGUCGGCUGGCUCACCUCCUGUCAUUGCACCAGCGCUGGCCCCAGCACCGCAAGUGAAGCCUGCAGCGUCCCCGAGCCCCGGGGUUACAGGUUCGGUGACUACCAAGGAAUGGGUGAUCCCACCACGACCCAAGCCUGGACGGAAGCCCGCCACGGACACACCACCCACCAAGCGCAAGGCUCAGAAUCGCGCAGCGCAGCGAGCGUUUCGUGAGAGGCGUGCCGCCCGCGUGGGUGAGCUCGAGGAACAAAUCAAGAAGAUUGAGCUAGAGCAUGAGGCUCAGUCAACAAAGUUCAAGGAGCAGAUUGCGGAUCUGAACCGAGAGCUAGAGCAAUGCCAGCGGGAGAUUUCAUGGUGGAAGACCCGAUGCCACUCGCUCGAGCAAGAAGUCAGUCUCGAACGAACUGCGAAGGAGAAUCUCCAGAGGCAGUCCCGGUUAUCUACAGAUACCUCUCAGCAGGAUACGGUUCCGAUUUCGAUCCGCAGGUCGACCAAUGACAAUCAGCAUGGUGAACGCCAGACAAGCCGCAGUGUUUCUAUCAUCUCUUCCACUGAGGCCAGGGAAGGGCGACAAGAGAUAGUUCCAUCAGGCUGCGGCAGCUGCUCGAAUACACGUUGCCAGUGCCUUGAGGACGCCUUCCAGAUUUCGAAUCUGGUCGACAACAAUGACAAUUCCUCUCCUAAGCGCCCUCACUCCCCUGGCAAGGAUGAUAGUUCCAAACUCCAUCAUGCUGAGCCGCAGGUCAAGCCUGAACCGGAACAGAUGGAAAUCGAUUUCACAGCCCGCUUUGCAGCUCCGCGAAACCAGACAGCAAGUGAGUCCCGUGCGGCUUCCACGCCUCCUGCUGAUCGCUGCGGGUUCUGCGAAGACGGCACUGCCUGCAUUUGCGCGGAGAUGGCAGACCAAGCGGAACAACAAGACUCGUUCGAGAACAACCGACUGGCUCCCAUUCAGAAUCUGUCUCAAUUUACCCCACCACCCUCAGAUGGCGACGUUUGCUCCGAUCUGACGCUGCCCUCCAUCAGCCAAGCGACAAAUCCUUGCGCCAACGGUCCCGGAACCUGUGCCCAAUGCCUGGCCGAUCCACGAAGCACCCUCUUUUGCAAGAGCCUGGCUGCGGCGCGCGCUGCCCAUGGGUCGUCUGGCGGCUGCUGUGGAGGUAAGGGUACUGAUGGAGGCUGCUGUCAAUCACGGUCGUCGACCCGCAACUCGACGUCUAAUGGCAAACCGCCCCUGACUCUCACGUGUGCUGAUGCAUACACGACAUUGUCACGGCACCCGAACUUUUCUCGGGCUAGUGACGAGCUGGCCACUUGGUUGCCAAAACUGCAUACCUUACCUAAACCACGUGAUGUCUCUCUAAAGGACAAUAUUGGCAACAGACCGGCCAUGGAAGUUGAGGCAGCUAGCGUCAUGGGAGUCUUGCGAUACUUCGAUAGGCGAUUCGCUGACAAGUGA